AUGUGGCGUGCUCUGCUUAAUCAUCCAGAAACGGAUCGCGACCCCGAAAUCAAGACGGAGCAGAAUAUUUCCUCGACCACACCGAAGCGAGCGAAGAAAGAAAAGAUGGCGGAGCUGAAGUCGAUGAUUUCCAAACGCGGAGCAGUGAAAAGCAAGAUGUCGCGAAUCCGAGCUGCGAUCGCUGCAGCCGGCGACGACCCCCUCGCCAUUUCGAUGGCACAACUACGAGUACACUCGAGAAAUGUGGAAAAGUACUACGCUGAAUUCAACGACGUGCAUGAUGCCGUCAUGCAGCUUGCACAGGAAAACCAACAUGAUGCUCAAGAAGCCAAGCUAGUUGAAUUCGAAGAGCUGUACAAUGAUGUGCAGGUCACCAUCGAAUCUCUGAUGGAAGCGCAUGCAGCAGAAGCAAACCACGGUCGAGCGAUCCUUCCCGCCGGUGGACAUCAAAACGGUCAGCCGCAGGUCGUCAUUCACCAGCAGGCGCUUCGUGCCCCGUUGCCAACAUUCGACGGGCGGUACGAAAACUGGCCCAAGUUUAAAUCGAUGUUCCAAGACUUGAUGCGGAACUCCCAAGACUCCGAUGCCGUGAAGCUUUUCCACUUGGAUAAAUCGCUGGUUGGAAGCGCGGCAGGAAUGAUCGAUGCUAAAACCAUCCAAGACAACAAUUACCACCACGCCUGGCAGAUUUUGGAACAACGAUAUGAAAACAAGAGGUUGAUUAUCGAUGUUCAUAUCCAAGGCAUCAUGCAGCUGAAAAAGGUGUCCAAGAAGUCAUCCAAAGAACUGCGCACCCUUAUCGACGAGUGCUCCAGGCAUGUGGAGAACUUGAAAUUCCAUGGACAGCCACUGGAAGGAGUUUCGGAACUGAUGAUCAUUCACAUCCUGUCGGCGGCGCUAGAUCAAGAAACCCGAGAGCUUUGGGAAGCUACGAUAGAGCACGGUGACUUGCCAAAUUACGAAGAUACGAUGGAGUUUCUACAGAAACGUUGCCUUAUCUUGGAGCGAUGUGAGUCUGCAGCAUCUGUUCUACCCUCAUACAAACAAACGGCAGCAAAGGCAGCACCAGCACUGAAGGGAACCAAGAUUUCUGCAGCAGCUACCACAUCCAGCGAAAUUACCUGUGAGCUGUGCGAAGGCGAUCAUCCAAACUUCAAGUGUAGCCUGUUCAAAAACAUGAGCAUUGUGCAGCGAUUGGCAAAAGUGAGAGAUGCCAAAGUUUGCUUUAACUGCUUGCGCAAGGGCCAUAUGGUCAGAACAUGUCCGUCGCAAAGGACGUGCCCAAAGUGUGGCCAGAAGCACCACAGCAUGCUUCAUCAAGGACAAUCGGAGAGUUCUGUGUCACAAAAGCCAAAGGAUAAUCCGGAAGAAGUGAUUGCAGAGCAUCCGGUGGUGGUCAACGAAGCAGACGCCGAUCAUCUUGAGAGUGAAAGUGUUUCAGUGUCUACGUCCUGCCUCGGGGGCGGCCUUGUACGUUCUACAAAACAAGUGCUUCUCCAAACGGCGAUAAUUGAUGUAAUCGAUGCACACGGUCGCCUUCACCCUUGCCGCGCGCUGUUGGACUCCGGGUCACAGGCGAACAUCUUGUCAGAAGCAAUGGCCCAGGUGCUCGGUUUGCCAACCUUGAAGUGCAAUAUAACAGUAGUUGGUGCAAAUUCAGUGAAGACCCAAGUAACAAAAGGAGUGAACUUGAACUUUUCGUCGAGAUAUUGUGCUUUCCAAGAUACUAUCACGUGCUUGAUUUCGGAAAAGCCAACUGGAAUCGUUCCAUCCGUAGCUAUUGACGUGUCAUCGUGGAAUAUUGCUCCAGAAAUGCAGCUAGCGGAUCCGGACUUUUUCAGGCCAUGUGAAAUCGACUUGGUUCUGGCUUCGAAUUACGUCUGGGAUUUGCUACGGUUCGAAAAGGUGGUACUAGGCAACGGUACUGCAUCACUGCGGGAAACCGAUCUGGGAUGGAUCAUCACAGGUACAUACGACCCGUACCAACAGGUGAGUGACACUAUUUUGUUGUCUAAUGUUGCUAUGCAAGAUCCAUUGGCUGGUCAUUUGGAGAAAUUUUGGGCCAUUGAGGAAGUCGCCGAACUUCCGCCUCAUAACACCGAAGAACAAGAAGUUGAGCAGCAUUUCUUGGAAACCUUUCGCCGAGAUGAAACUGGUCGCUUUGUGGUCCAGAUGCCAUUUCGGGAAGCAGUAGCUGAACUUGAAGACAAUCGAAGCCUGGCGUUACAGCGAUUCUUCACAUUGGAACGUAAGCUCUCACGCCAACCAGAUCUACGCGACCAGUAUAUUCAAUUUAUGAGGGAGUACGAAUUGCUUGGCCACUGCAAGGAAAUCAAAGAAGAAAAUGACGUUCAAGGGAUGCCACGCUACUACCUGCCGCACCAUGCGGUGUUUAAGCUGACAAGCUCUUCAACAAAGGUGAGAGUAGUGUUUGACGCCAGCGCUAAGGCGUCGAAAUACUCCCUCAACGAGGUCAUGAAAACUGGUCCAACGGUACAGAACGAUAUAUUUUCUGUGGAUCUCCGAUUCCGACAACACGUCUAUGGAUUCUCCGGCGACGUCACAAAAAUGUACCGGCAAAUUCGUCAAAACCAUUGA